CUUAAUGUUUUCUAGUGUAAUUGGUAUUUUGUUCUCUGGCAAAUUCAUUCUAGACAAGAGAAUAGGUAUUGGACCGAAACACAUUGAAAAUGCGAAGAUCUUGGUGGCAAAUACUGCAAUGGACGCAGAUAAAGUAAAAAUUUAUGGUGCCUGUGUUCGCGUUGAUUCAAUGUCUAGGGUUGCUGAGAUUGAAGGGGCUGAGAAGGAACAGACGAGGGAGAAGGUGCAAAAGAUUAUAGCUCUUGGGAUAAACUGCUUUGUUAACCGACAGUUAAUCUACAAUUUUCUAGAGGAACUCUUUGCCGAUGCAGGAAUACUUGCAAUUGAACAUGCUGAUUUCGAUGGGAUUGAGCACCUGGCACUAGUUACUGGUGGUGAGAUUGCAUCAACCUUUGCAAGCUCAUUGAGGAAAUUAUGAUUGGUGAGGACAAAUUGAUCCACUUUUCUGGCGUGGAAAUGGGUCAGGCAUGCACAAUAGUAUUGCGAGGUGCAAGACGGUAAAUGACAGCAGGGUUUUGCUUGGUGGUGGAUAGCCUGAGAUGGUCAUGGCAAAGGCAGUAGACGAACUGGCCCGGAAGACUCCUGGGAAGAAAUCUCAUGCUAUGGAAGCUUUCUCACGGGCACUCGUAGCCAUUCCAACAAUCAUUGCUGACAAUGCUGGUUUGGACAGUGCUGAGUUGGUUGCCCAGUUCCGAGAAGAGCACCACAAGGAAGGAAGCAAUGCAGGGCUUGAUGUUAUUUCUGGAUCUGCAGCUGUCAUAAAUUUCUGGCCAUUUGGUGGCAUGUGACAUCGGGGGGUUAAUUAUUUUUAGAGGUAGGAGAUAUGGAGGAACUUGGGAUAUGCGAAGCAUUCAAAGUGAAGCAGGCAGUGUUGUUGUCAGCCACGGACUGCUGAGAUGAUUCUGAGAGUGGAUGAAUUCAUAACAUGUGCCCCUCGGAGGAGAGAAGAUAGAAUGUAAAGUCAAUACGCACAUCAGUAGGCCCCACUUUUUUGUUAUUGGUUUUUAUUUGGAAUAAGACUAAUGAUGAUGUAAAAGGAUUUUAUUUGAUUCGUGGGAGAUUUUUUGGAUUUUUGUUUUUAAUGGUGACAAAAAUUAGGAAUGUAACAAUCUUUU